UACGUCACAGGACGCCGCGGCUCGCGCUAAGCCCAUUUCACACUUUUACCUGACGUUUUUACCUGUUUUUUUACGCGUUUAAAGCGUGUUUUUGUGACGUUCUAACGCGGCGGGUCUCAGUUUGACUUGAUAUUUCACGAUGAAGUAAAAAAGUGGCGGUGAGACGAGCUGAAGGACGCCCGGCUGACGCAGAGUUUGAACCAGCGCGAGGACACGCACCUUUACCGGCGAUUUACCUGCGCGUUUUUGGUCGUAUCUAAAUAACUGACUCUUUAUUGUAAAUGAGUCACUGAACAAAGUCCGUCUGAGGUCCGGGUCUUUGUCCAGACUUGUUUCUGAAGGACAAAACUGCUUUAGGUCUUCUUCAGAGUGGGUUGGAUUUUUCUUUUUUGCUCUUUUACUCAUUUAAUCUGAAAUUAACCUCCGGAAAUAGAAAAUAAUAGAUUUUUCCCCCAUCUUUCUCCUUUAUUAGAACAACAAACACAAACAGGUUGUGGAGUUUCGGGACAAACUUGUCAGAGAAGAACCAGAAGAACCUGAGUCCAGACCUGGUCCAAGUGAAGACACUUUGUAGAGUUUUUAUUUCAGGUCCGAGGAUCUGUCUGAGCGUAGAGAAUUUUGUUUUCUAAAACUGUUCACAAAAUGUUUUUCAAAAUCCAACUUCAGUCACAAAAUCCAGGAGAGAAAACUUAAAUCUGAAUUAAACUAAGCCAAGAAUCUCAGACUGAACCAGAGCUAAACCAGGUCUAAACCAGGACUGAAACCAGGUCUAAACCAGGUCUAAACCAGGACUGAACCAGGACUAAACUAGGGGAGGGCAUCUGACACGCCGGUCUUGCUGAACGUUCACUCUUGUUCGGUUUCCGUGACGUUCCUGAGAUGUCUCCUCGGCGCGUCGUGGCCGUGGGCUCGUGUCUCCUCUUCGUCCUCCUGGACCUCCUCGUCUCCUCGGCGCUCCUCACGCGAGGCUUCGUCCGCGGGCUCCUCCCUCCGGGGUCUGAGCAGGCGUCCGCUCUGCUUCUGGGUCUGUGGGCGUGCUCGUGGCUCCGCUCGUCUCUGCUGCUCGGCGCCGUCGUCGGUCUGGCGUUUAACCGGCGGGACGGCCCCGGCAGAGUCUCCAGAUCCGCUCCGGCCGCGCUCUUCGUCGCCAUGGUGAUGGUCACGUUCGCGGUGUCGGUUCUUUUGGUUCUGACCGAGGUGGACCUCCUGAAGAACCAGGCCUGGGAGACGGGUCUGAUCGCGUGGACCUGCGUCUCGUCUGCGGGGACGGUGGCGACAUGGAGGCUCCUGGGGAACUCCAAUGACACGGCGGCUCCUCCGUCGUCUGAGGACACUGAGCAGCUGCUGGACCCAUCGGAGGACCAGACCAGGUCCAAAGUCCCGGGUCAGAUCCAGAACCAGGACCAGUCCAGACCCGGAGCCAAAGAGGAGCCGGAGCAGCCAAACUCUGGAGCCACACUGGGACGACUCCUCAGCUACUGCAAAAAAGACUCUGGACUCCUGACGAUCGCAACGCUCUUCCUCCUCAUCUCCGCCGUCUGUGAGGCGUUCAUUCCGUUCUUUUACGGCGUGGCCAUCGACAGUAUCGUGCAUCACCAGAGCCUGGAGCACUUCUCCAGACCCGUGCUGAUCCUCGCCGCGCUCGCCGUCGCCAGUUCGUUGGCGAUGGGCGUGAGGGGCGGAGUUUUCACUCUGAUCUUCGCUCGGUUGAAUCUUCGUCUGAGGAAUCAUCUGUUCAGAACCCUCAUGAAACAGGAGAUCGGCUUCUUUGACAAGAACCACACAGGAGACCUGCUGUCUCGCCUGUCCUCAGACGUGACUCAGGUCAGUGACCUGGUGUCAGUGAACCUGAACAUCUUUCUGCGCAGUGCGGUGAAGGCCAUGGGCUUCAGUGUUUUCAUGUUCAGACUGAGCUGGAAACUUUCCAUCGUGUCCCUCAUGGGCUUCCCCUUCAUCGGCCUCGUGUCCCAGCUCUACGGGGACUACUACAAGACUCUGUCCAAAGAGGUGCAGUCGACUCUGGCCGAGGCGAACCGCGUCGCCGAGGAGACGGUGUCGGCCAUGAGGACGGUGCGGAGUUUUGCCAAUGAGCAAGGCGAGGCGGAGUCGUACUACGACAAGCUGCUGCAGGUCUUCAGGCUCAACAAGAAACAGGCCCUGGCCUACGCCCUCUACAUGUGGUCCAGCUGUUUGUCUGAAGUGGCUCUGGAGUUGGCCGUGCUGUUUUAUGGAGGACACCUGGUGGUGUCGGAGCAGCUCUCGUCUGGAGCUCUCAUCUCCUUCUUCAUCUACAUGCUGCAGCUCGGGGAGUGUCUGGAGAGCAUGGCGUCGGUGUACACGGGCCUGAUGCAGGGGGUGGGGGCUGCAGAGAAGGUCUUUGAGUAUCUGGACCGAGAACCUGAACACUCUGCAGAACGAGGAACCGAAGAACCGGACUCCUGCUCUGGACUCGUGGAGUUUAAAGACGUGACCUUUAGCUACCCCACCAGACCAAACACGCCCGUACUGAAGGGCGUGUCGUUCACCCUGCGGCCGGGGCAGGUGACGGCGUUGGUGGGUCCCUCUGGUGGAGGAAAAAGCUCCUGCGUCAGCCUCCUGGAGAACUUCUACCUGCCACAGAGCGGACAGGUGCUGUUGGACGGGCGGCCGGUGCAGACCCUGCGUCACCUCUACCUGCACUCUCAGGUGGCGCUGGUCGGGCAGGAGCCGGUUCUUUUUGCUCGAAGCGUCGAGGAAAACAUCUCGUACGGACUGAGUCAUGUGACCAGAGAGAACGUGGAACGAGCCGCCAAGAACGCCAACGCACACGACUUCAUCAACACACUCCAACGAGGAUACGACACAUGUGUGGGGGAGAAAGGUGCUCAGUUGUCUGGGGGUCAGAAACAGCGAGUCGCCAUCGCUCGAGCUCUGGUCAGAAACCCCCGAGUCCUGAUCCUGGACGAGGCCACGAGCGCCUUAGACGCCCACAGUGAACACAAGGUGCAGCAGGCCCUGGCGGCGGCCAUGUUGGGUCGGACGGUUCUGGUCGUGGCUCAUCGUCUGAGUUCGGUGGAAAAAGCCGAUCACAUCGUGGUGAUCGUGGACGGACGAGUGGAGGAGCAGGGGAGCCACGCCGAGCUCAUGGCCCGAGGACGAGUCUAUCACAGACUGGUGCAGAGGCAGGUGCAGGGACAGGGGCAGGGACUCAAGGACCAGGACCAGGACCAGGACCAGGACCUGGAGCGGAGGCCGGAGCAGAGACCGGCGGGCAGGAGCAGGAGGGAAAGCAGUGACGGAGACGAGUCGACGCCGAGAUUCUGAAACUCAAACUCGGGAUCAUUUUGAUUUGAUUUUUAGGAGGUUCUAGACUCAUGCAUGUUUGAGUCAUCUAGUGAUCUGUCCUGGCCUCAGACCCUCCUGACGGUUAACAGUACGAGCCUGUACGAGGCUCCGCCCACAAACCAAAGUCCCAGAGAAUAACACAGAUUUAUUCUUUUAACAAAAACACUGCAGCUGAUGUCGUUUAUUUCUGUUCUAUUUUGUUGUUGUUGUUCGUUUUGGUUCCGGACGUUUGUCCAAUCAGGACGCAGAACGAGCGUCAUGUGACUCUCGUUUUGUUGUCAGUUUCAGAGCUGAUUUCCUGUUGUUUUUCUUUUUUCUUUUAUUUUUUAUUUAAUUUCUUCUUUCCUGUGUUGAGCGUCACACAGACGUUUCUGUGACGCUUCAAAACACGUUUGGUUUAUUUUUUAUUAUUUAAAAUAUUAAAUAUUUUAAAUUAAUGUGAAAACUUCAUAAACUGUUUUUUUCUUUGUGCCUGAAGAGACGAACAACUUUAGCUGAAGACAAAAAAAAAAACCAAACACUUGAAAUGUAUUUAAAUAAAAAUGAUGCAAUGAAAUGUUGUGUUGUUUUGUCCGUGUCCGUUUGUGCCUCAGAGUCUCAGGACGAGGACAUGUCCCUGCACUUUUAUACAAAACCACUGACAUGUCCCAAGAAAUGUCCCAGUGUCAAUAUUUUGGACCACUCUGAUCCUGAACAGUAAAGAGACACAAACUGACAUUUGUUUGUGUCAAAAAAAAAAAAAAAAAAAAAAUCUGAUUCAAAAGGACAAAACACAAAAUGUGACGACACAGACUCAUGUUCGUCAUAAAUCCACAGAACAGUUUUCUUUAAUUUCACACUCGAUUCACUGUUUUAGUUUCACUAUUUUAUUUUCAGUGUUGGGGAGUAACAGAUUACAUGUACCAGAGUUAUGUAAUCAGAGUACAAAUGAUGAGUAACUGUAUUCAGUUACAGUUACUGUUUCAGUGAGUGGUAAUUG